AUGGAGUCUGUUGAUCUCGUCAUCAUCGGCGCAGGCUGGUUCGGUCUGUCGGCUCUCAAAACAUACCGCCAGCUGCAUCCGACGGAAAAUGUCCUGCUGGUCGACUCUGCGGCAUCCGUGGGCGGCGUCUGGGCCAAAGAACGGCUCUACGCGGGCCUCAAGUCCAACAAUAUGUUAGGGACGUACGAGUUCAGCGAUUUCCCCAUGGACGAGGCCACAUUUGGUGUGCGUCCCGGGGAACACAUUCCUGGUCCAGUCAUACAGAAGUAUCUGGAGUUGUAUGCUGUGCAUUUCGGUGUGAUGGAUUGUAUCCGUCUCAACACCAGGGUCAAAACAGUUGAACAACAGCAAGACGGCGGAUGGAUAGUGACAGUCGAUACUGAUUUUCACCCAACAUCAACAAUAACCACUGCGAAACUGAUUAUUGCCACUGGUGUCACCUCGCAGCCCUUUCUGCCUGAUUUUCCGGGCCAGGAAUCUUUCUCUGCCCCGCUCUUCCACAUCCGUGACUUGCCGCAAUACGAGUCCGAUUUGGCCCGAGCCGCCGAGCAAGACGGGGAAGGGAAGAUCACCGUUUUUGGCGGCACAAAGUCCGCCUGGGACGCCGUCUACUCGUCGGCGUCGCAGGGGCGACCCGUCGACUGGAUCAUCCGUGCCUCUGGCCACGGGCCGGUCUGGAUGGCGCCGCCGUAUGUGACGCCGCUCUCACGCUGGCUCGAGAAGCUGGUCACCACGCGGCUGCUCACUUUGUUCAGUCCGUGUGUCUGGGGCGACCAGGAUGGAUUCCCAUUGAUGCGUCGCCUGCUGCACUCCACCUGGCUGGGGCGGAAGAUCGUCGACGCCUUCUGGUGGGUGCUGACCAACGACAUCGUCUCGCUCAACAGGUAUGACUCGCACCCGGAGACAAGCAAGCUGCGCCCCUGGGUCGACCCGUUUUGGACCGCCACCUCCGUCAGCAUCCUCAAUUACCCGACUGAUUUCUUCGCCCUGGUGCGCGACGGCACUGUGCGCGUCCACAUCGCCGACAUCGACACUCUCGAGGCGCCGAACCGCGUCCGUCUCUCGACGGGCGAGACCCUGCAGAGUACAGCCCUCAUCUGCGCGACGGGCUGGCAUGCCACCCCAGCCAUCCAGUUCCUGCCGGCCACUCUCGAAUCGCAAAUGGGGUUUCCCUCUGCCCCAGAUCCUCUGGGGAAGGAUCUCCUCCGCCACGCCUCCGCAGAGAUCCUCUCCCGGUUUCCCCGCCUCUGCACCCCACCGCCACCCGGUCCGAACCCGCUAGCCGCCUCUUCUUUCCGUCCGCUCGGCCCCGCAGCCCCCGCCGCAGCGCUCCACCCGUUCCGUCUCGCCCGGUUUAUUGUCCCGUUGGCUUUCUUCAAGGACCGCUCCCUGGCCUUCCUCGGGGUUCCUAUGACGUUCAACACCCCCUUGGUUGCCCAGACGCAGGCGCUGUGGGCCACGGCCUAUCUGGAUGAUAGACUUGGCGUCCGCUCGACGGAGAAAUGCCCACAAGCUGUUGUCGAAGACUUGCGCGCAGACAUGCAUCCAGAGAAAAUGGAAGAUGCAGAUAUAGAUUUUGAUAUAGAUCUGCAGUGGGAGACAGCCUUGCACACAGAGUUUGGUCGGUACAGGUAUCCUGCCGGUCUAGGAAAACGGAACCCGGACUUUGUCUUUGAUGCCCUGCCGUAUCUCGAUCUCCUCCUCGCGGAUUUGGGGAUACAUUCACGCAGGAAACGGGGUCUUAUCGCCGAUUAUGUGCAGCCGUAUGGUGUGGAAGAUUAUAGGGGGCUAGUUGAGGAGUGGAAGGAGAGUCAGUAG